UCCUUGUAAGGAAAGAGCGCCAGUCCCAGGAGGACGCUCUCGGGGUCCAACCGUGGCCUCCACCGGAGAGGAGGAGAAGGAUGGAGGAUGGAAGGGGGCCUGUCCCACCCUGCCCCACCCUGGGGGCUCCAGGCCAAGGGCAGUAAGUCCAGCAGUUUCCGGACCCUGUGGGAUGCUCAGGGCUGGAAGGAGCAGACCCUAAACAUGUGAAAUGCCAGGACCGUGUGGAGCUCGGGGUGAAGAAGGCGGGUGAGGGACAGAAGACCCGUCCCCAGCACCACCUCCCCCCAAGGCUGUCGGGUGGAGAAGGAGCCGGCGCGGAUCCUGAGGCCCUGCAGAGCCUUCAGUGGGCUCGAGGAGCGGUGGGCAUAGACAGCUCUGUCUUCCUGGGGGCCGUUAGGAGGUUCGUCUGGGGGCCCAUGUGGAGGCAGUGGCCCGAGCAUCUGGCCGCAGCCCACUCCCACCUCUGCCCACGGAGGGGCCAGAUCUAUCAGCUGGACCCCGGCAGUGCCCAGUGCCUUUGCACCUGCUACAGGGGAGGAAGCAACCAUCGCUGGCAGCAAAGUGCCUGACACGAAGGGUCUAGUAUAGUGCGUAUGUGAAAGCAAACGGCCAUGUAACCGUCAUGGUGGCGGGGACAACAGGGCCAGAACCCUGGGAGCAGCCCCCACCCCGCGUGACUGCCCUCCUCCUCUCCCCCUCCUUCCGCCUUUGUGGCAAUCACUUUUGUUUUCUCUGUACUUGCCACACCGAGAUGCCCAUCCCUGCGCCCUGUGCAUUAGGACCCUCGAGGAGGGUGAAGCAGAGGCCACGACCCCUGUGCCCUGUGCCCUUGCCCCCCAGCUGGGAGGGCACCCGGAGGGGCUGGACCCUGGGGCUGGGUGUGGGGGCUCAGGCUGGGCCCCCCCUGUGCUGAUGGCUCCUGGGGGGGUCCUGGAGGGGCUGGGCCCCUCAGCUUCCUAGGGGGCGCAGGGGAGGGGAUCUUCCAAUCUCCGUGGGGAAAACAGGCUUUUGGAGGGUGGCAGACAGCUGGGGGCACCAGUUGGGAUGGGAGAGGCAGGGAGAGCCCUUUGCACGGGGGAGGGGGGCUGACGAUGCAGUGUUCCCCCCCACCCCCACCUCCGCCCUGGGGCGCCCCAGUGUCAGUGUGCGGUCACGGGGAGACAGGCCUCAGAGCCCCUGCACCGCCGCUUCCAUUGGCCGCCAGGUGGCGCCAAACACCGAGCCUUGAAGGCAUUGAUCCCAGGGGCCUGGAGGUGCUGGCAGGCCCGCUGGUGGUCUGUGCCUGGGUCCCAGGGCUCAGAGACCCCUGAGGUGAGACCCUCCAAAGGGGGGCGCAGAGCUACCCCACAGCCCGCCCCUAGUGCCCCAACUGUCUCCAGCCCUGUCCCCUCCCUUGACCCGUUUCAGAGCCCCCAGAAUCCCUGCUUCUCCCCCCUUCCCCCCGCCCCGUGUCGCCUCCUCUGGGGGGGGCAUACAGUCUGGGGGGAGAAGAGGAGGAAACAGGAAAGAGGGGAGGCAGGGAUGGGACUGGCGGCAGGGCCUUGACUGGGCCACCAGGCACCGCACGGUUGUGCCCUACCCAUCUUCUCUGGAAACGCUCUGCUCGGGAGGGGGUGUCAGGAGGCCUGGCUGCGGCUUAGGGCUUAUUGUCCCACCCAGGGGGGCAGGGCCAAUCCCCACACCAGGUGUCUGUCCCUGGGGAGAUUACUGCGCCCAAGCACACACCUCCCUCCAUCCCUGGCCAUGGAUGCAGCUCUGCUCCUGAAUGUGGAAGGCGUCAAGAAGACCAUUCUGCACGGGGGCACCGGCGAGCUCCCAAACUUCCUCACGGGGUCCCGGGUCAUCUUUCACUUCCGCACAACGAAAUGCGACGAGGCGCGGACAGUGAUCGACGACAGCAAGCGUGUGGGCCAUCCCAUGCACAUCAUCAUCGGGAACAUGUUCAAGCUGGAGGUCUGGGAGGUGCUGCUGACAUCCAUGCGCGUGGGCGAGGUGGCCGAGUUCUGGUGCGACUCUAUUCACACAGGAGUCUACCCCAUCCUGUCCCGGAGCCUGCGGCAGGUGGCGGAGGGCAAGGACCCCACUGAGUGGCAUGUACACACGUGCGGCUUGGCCAACAUGUUUGCCUAUCACACGCUGGGCUACGAGGACCUGGACGAGCUACAGAAGGAGCCGCAGCCCCUCAUCUUCAUGAUAGAGCUGCUGCAGGUGGAGGCCCCAAGUGAGUACCAGAGGGAGACGUGGAGCCUGAACAAUGAGGAGAAGAUGCAGGCGGUACCCAUCCUCCAUGGAGAGGGGAACCGGCUCUUCAAGCUGGGCCGCUACAAUGAUGCCUCCACCAAGUACCAGGAGGCCAUCGUCUGCCUGAGGAACCUGCAGACCAAGGAGAAGCCCUGGGAGGUGCAGUGGCUAAAGCUGGAGAAGCUGAUCAACACCUUGAUUCUCAACUACUGCCAGUGUCUGCUGAAGAAGGAGGAGUACUACGAGGUGCUGGAGCACACUAGCGACAUCCUGCGGCUUCACCCAGGAAUCGUGAAGGCCUACUACGUGCGCGCCCGGGCUCACGCGGAGGUGUGGAACGAGGCCGAGGCCAGGGCGGACCUUCAGAAAGUGCUGGAGCUGGAGCCAUCCAUGGGGAAGGCUGUGCGCAGGGAGCUGCGGCUUCUGGAAAAUCGCCUGGAGGAAAAGCGGGAGGAGGAGCGGCUGCGCUGCCGGAACAUGCUGGGCUAG